UCACUUCGUGAGACUAACCGGAUGUGAGCUCGAGCAAACAACUAUACACCUGUCCGCGUGACCCGCAGGUGAGUUUCCGGCUCGACUCCCCCACCACGUGACAGCCCCCCCCCCCCCAACCCAUCCAGUUGGUCCGACGCUGAUCAUAGAGGAGGGGGGAAGCAGGAGGCGGGGGGGGCGCGGGGGCUGGACCUGCGCGAGGAGGAGCGUCACAUCAGCCCGCAGGUCACCUUCGUCACCUCCUCCUCUUCCUCACUCUGCCUCUGUGCGCGCGGCUCGCUGGGCUCGGCGCGGCGCGGACGCACGACAACGGACCGAACCGGGACAGGGGGCCAUUGACCCGGAGCGGACCCCGUCAUGCUGGGUGCGGUGAAGAUGGAAGGGCACGAGGCUCCGGACUGGACCGGCUACUACAGCGAGGAGGUAUACUCUCCGAUGGGCGGCGCUGGGAUGGGUUCUGGGCUCGGGAUGGGCUCCAUGUCCGGCUACAUGUCCAGCAGUGGAACCACCCCCGGCUCCUUCAACAUGUCCUACAGUGGUUCUGGACUGACCCAUUCGCCCGUGGGGGCGAUGGCGGGCUCGGCUCCGGUGGCCAUGUCUGGUCUGGGAGGGGGCGUGGCUUCCAUGGGCGGGGCGCUGAGCCCGUCCAGCAUGAGCUCGGUGUCGGGCCAGCAGGCCUCCAUGGGCCUGAACCCGUAUGGCAGCAUGAGCCCCGCCAUGAGCCCCAGCAUGGCGUACAGCGGCGCCGGACUGAACCGAGCCCGAGACAACAAAACCUUCAGACGGAGCUACCCCCACGCCAAGCCGCCCUACUCCUACAUCUCGCUCAUCACCAUGGCGAUUCAGCAGGCCCCCAGUAAGAUGCUGACCCUUAGCGAGAUCUACCAGUGGAUCAUGGACCUGUUCCCGUACUACCGGCAGAACCAGCAGCGCUGGCAGAACUCCAUCCGUCACUCGCUGUCCUUCAACGACUGUUUUGUGAAGGUGUCGCGGUCCCCGGACAAGCCAGGGAAGGGCUCCUACUGGACCCUGCACCCGGACUCGGGGAACAUGUUUGAGAACGGCUGCUACCUCCGGCGCCAAAAGAGGUUCAAGUGCGAGAAGAAGAUAUCGGGAAAGGCGGACGGCAGGAAGGAGCAGGGGACGGCGCUGCAGGGGGCCCCGCCCGCCGAGGACUCUAUCAAAGCCGCCAGACUCAUGGACGCUUCCGGGGCCUCCUCCAGCCACGCGGCCUCCCCCCCGGGUCUGGAUCUGAGGGGAGGGGCGGGGGCGGAGCUGAAAGUGACUGGUUCCCAGCUCCUGUCCUCACUGUCGCUACCCCCACACUCCAUGGCCCACGAGCCCCCCCUGCACCUGAAAGGAGACCCCCACUACUCGUUCAACCACCCCUUCUCCAUAAACAACCUGAUGUCGUCGUCGGAGCAGCAGCACAAGCUGGACCUGAAGGCCUAUGAGGCCCUGCAGUACUCCCCCUACAGCACCGGGGGCGCCCCCAGUCUGGGGGGGAGGACCAUGGAGCCGCUGGAGGCCUCCUACUACCAGGGGAUGUACCCCCGCCCCCUCCUCAACAGCUCCUCAUAGCUGCCCCGACUUGGACCCUCUGCAUGCUGCUGUAAUGGACUUAUGGUACUGAUCCGGACGGGUUCUUCCAGAGCAGAACCCAACUGUUACACUCACUGAGACCGAACUGAGACGCGUGGGGUUUGGGCCAGUAGAACCUGAGGCCGUGUGUGGUCUCAGUUUGACCCAUGAACAGUAUCAGAACUGGGUCGGACUGGACUCUGCUGGUGCCGCUCAGCCUACAGUUGAACCCCUGGACUGGUCUUUCAGAACCUGCUUAGCUGCCGGGUUUUGGGUUGAAUGACUAGCUGCUGUCCGGUUCUGAAACGUUUGGUUCUGUGCUUGGUACUGCGCAUGGUGUCGGUUCUGUCCUGCAUGCCGUCGGGUUCAAAGCCCAAACAAGAUAACAUCUGAGCCGAACCAGUCCUUCACGGUUCCGCCAGAGUCCAGAUCAGCUCAGAGUCCGGCUGCUUUAAUAAAAUUCUGUGAAUCUUUGCGUCAAACUUCCUCAGAACCAGGUCUGGGUUUUUUUUCAAGAUGAGUAGUUUUUUGUUUGAAACCCAGAAGUUCUGGAGAUCCUCCAGUGGACCUGGGCCCGUGAAGAGGUUUGCUAAAUCCGUGUCUCCUUUGAUGCUCUCACGCGGACCCGAGCUGCGAGAUGCCGGCGCUGUGGUCGUCCGCCACAGACCGACGAUGAGGAUCUGCUCUCCUGAUCCAACCCGACUUCUUUCUCCCACGACCUCGUCUGCCGCCCCGCCAACCCCCCCGGGGUCACGACCCCCAGCAUGAAACCCGCUCAGAUUCAAAGACUUUUUGUCUGAAGGGUCACUUCAGCCAAAUCAGAGCAGCUAUGCUCCCAGCCGCCGGAGGUUUGCCCCCCCCCCCCCAGUUUCAUCUGUGUGUUACACUCUGAGCCAGAACAAGUAACCGGGCCACAAACCAGUAGAACCUUUCAGAACCUGAGGGAUAACGGCUAUUCUCACUGGUUCGAUCCCCCAACUUUUACACUUAAAAGUGUCCUUAAACCGUUACUACACUGUCCUCCUCUCCCAGAACCUCCACCAGAACCUCAGCGAGGCCUUCGGGGGUUUUUUGUAUUUAAAUAAAUCAUCAAAGAAAAAAAGGGAAAUAAAGCAGAAAUCUGUAAAACCAGCAGCUGAGAGCAUUCCUCCAAACAUUUUCUUCAUUUAUUGAUUUGGACUUUUUAGAUCCUUUUUAAAUAAUGAUUUGAUUUUUAAUAUUUCAUUUGUGUUUUUUUUUCUUUGUCUUCGUUAGUUGUUUGUCUUUUAGUUUAUUUUAAGCCGCAUUAAGCUGAUUUUACUGUUAGAAAAAAUAAUCAAGAAAAUGUUAUGAAUAAAUGGACCAAAAUGUUGGAAAUGCUUCUCACUCGUCCAGUGAGUUUGACAUCUCUUCUGACGUGGUUUGUUUUUGUGGUUCCGAUCUCAGUUCGGGCUCAGCCCACAGAACCAGCAGCUGUGCGGCUGAGCGCAUGCGUCAGGUCGGGUCCAGUCUGCGGACGAGCUUAACCAGUUUUCUUUUAUUUAUUUUUUCCCCCGCGGCCUCCCGGCCACUGAUUUUUGCCACGUGCAUGGAUGGAGUGUGUGUCUGUUCUCUGUGUUUUUUUUUGCAUGUCAUUAACUUAUUCUGUGGUUUGGAAAUAAAACUGGAAAAAAGCUGCCGGCUCUUUGAUGUUCUUCGGGAUGUCAUAACGCGCGCGCGCAAAAAAAAAAAAAAAAAA